AUGUCUAUUCUAGACGACCGCGAAGAAUACUUGAAGAAUCCGUAUUUUAAGGAACAUUUGUACGGCGACUUCACUCCGUUCUAUGUCACGAUCGCUCUCUGCACCGUCCUGGGCGUAUUCCUGUUUGUUUUGAACAUCGUGUUCUGUUGGUGCUCGCGACACCGUGAAUAUUGGCAGGACCGCAAUUCCGGCAAUAGGUGGAUCCAGCCUCUAUGGACUGUAUUACCGCAUAAAACACCGCCGCUUGAUCUCAGCGAGUUAGAGCCUGGUCGCAUCAAGUAUCCUCAAGUGAGGCACGAGAUUGUCCAUUAUCACGAUCCGGAGUCUCAGGAUACCACGCCGCAGCCGCAGGAGUACAUGGAAAUGCACAAACGCGAGAGUGAGAUCUAA